AUUUCACCCUCUCACCGCGCGGCGGCGCUGUUUUGCGCACUGCAGUCACGUUACACCAACACACGGCAAAGACAGUGAGACAGCAGCAUUUUAUCGGUACAGUCUGGUUUCUGCUGGAUGUAAAUAACUCAUAGAAAGACUAAACUCAUAUUUUGGACGGCUGAACUCGCUGUUAAAGCUGGAAGGAGGUGGAGGACCACCGAUAUGCACUCAGCAGGAUGGAUUCUAUGUUACUCACACGGGAUGUGAUGACAUAAUGAUGAAGAAGAUGAUGAUGGAGAAAGGGGAGAUAGACCAGAAUCACACCAGCCAAGUUGUGCUGGUCAAGAGGAUCAUAAUGAAGCAUGAUAGUCCGGUCCAGCAGGGCAUCGGGAAGCCGAGCGUGUAUCAUGCUGUUGUGGUCAUAUUUCUGGAGUUUUUCGCCUGGGGUCUCCUGACGACGCCAAUGCUCACUGUUUUACACGAAACAUUCCCCAAACACACCUUUUUAAUAAACGGCCUCAUUCAAGGAGUGAAGGGUCUGCUGUCGUUUAUGAGCGCGCCGCUGAUUGGUGCUCUAUCAGACGUGUGGGGCAGGAGAUCGUUUCUAUUGGUUACCGUGUUCUUCACGUGUGCGCCCAUCCCGCUCAUGAGACUCAGUCCAUGGUGGUAUUUUGCCAUGAUAUCGGUGUCCGGUGCUUUUUCCGUCACUUUCUCCGUAAUCUUCGCUUACAUCGCAGACGUUACGGAUGUGCACGAGAGGAGUACGGCGUAUGGACUUGUUUCUGCUACGUUUGCUGCGAGUCUGGUCACCAGCCCGGCCAUCGGUGCGUACCUCUCGGCCAGUUACGGUGAUAAUAUGGUGGUGCUGUUGGCGACCCUCAUUGCUCUGGCCGACAUCUGCUUCAUACUGCUGGCCGUCCCAGAGUCGCUGCCCGACAAGAUGAGGCUCAACACCUGGGGAGCGCCAAUCACCUGGGAACAGGCCGACCCGAUUGCUUCUUUGCGGAAAGUUGGACAGGACACAACCGUUCUUCUCAUUUGUAUAACAGUAUUUCUGUCCUAUCUGCCCGAGGCGGGUCAAUACUCCAGCUUUUUCCUCUACUUGCGUCAGGUCAUUAACUUCUCGCCCAAAACGAUCGCUGUGUUCAUCGGCGUUGUGGGAAUCCUCUCCAUUCUGGCGCAGACGCUUUUUCUUACUUUAUUAAUGAGGACCAUCGGGAAUAAGAACACAGUUCUUCUGGGUCUGGGUUUCCAGAUUCUCCAGCUGGCCUGGUACGGUUUAGGGUCCGAGCCGUGGAUGAUGUGGGCGUCCGGUGCGGUGGCAGCCAUGUCCAGCAUAACGUUCCCUGCAGUGAGCGCUUUAGUGUCACGGAGUGCAGAUCCAGAUAAACAGGGUCUGGUUCAGGGCAUGAUAACAGGAAUCCGGGGUCUCUGUAACGGACUGGGUCCUGCGCUGUAUGGCUUAGUUUUCUUCCUUUUUAACGUCGAGCUGAGUGGAAUCACCACCAUCGAACCCGAAUACGCCAUCCCUGAACAGGCCCCCAUAGAGAAGACAUUGAUCCCUGGUCCUCCGUUCCUCCUGGGCGCCUGCACGGUAGUGGUGGCGUUUAUAGUCGCUCUCUUCAUACCGGAUCAGCAGUCACCACCAGCGACUCCCUGCCAAACCAGCAAGAGCAACGCGAGUCUGGCCGGAGCCCACACCAACACGCCGCUGCCGGGGAGCGACGAGGACUUCGAACCGCUGCUGGAGGACAGCACUGUGUGACUGUAACUCUCAACCCAAAUCGUGUUUGGGAAAAAGAAAAAAGAAAAAACAUCGCAAACCCUCCACCUGUCCAGCGACUACCGUUUGGGAGCGAGCUGUAUUUAUCGAGUGUGUUUAAUCAGAUUUUUGUUGUUUUAAUGAAACGGUUAUUAGUUCUGAACUCAGAGGCUUUUUUAUUGACCAUUUUUACAGUGUUUAACAGUCAGUGUACAAAUGCAUCAACACUAAGGGCUCGAUCAGUGGGAUUGGAUGCGCUGUGGUGGAGUUUGGACGAUGGGUUUGUUGGAUUCUUCUGGAGUUUGAAUGCAAAGCUCUUUAUGUAUAUAGAUAUUUGGGCAACGUGCAGCAAAGGUUAUUGUUUAUGGAGCUUGUGGUGACUUGAAGCUUAUUGUUACUCUCGUAAGAUUGAAGAAAAUCUGGAUGAAUUUCAUGAAAACAGGGUCAUUGCGACUGACUAGUGGUGGGCGGUACGACCAAAAUCCUAUUUCAUGAUGACAAUAUAAAUCACUUCAUAGUCAUUUUUGUUAUUUUAUUUGAUUUUUGAUAUUGAAAAUAAGAACAAAGUAGCAAAUUACAAACAAUAGGACAAAUACAAUAUAAACUAAAAUAUUUUUUUCAGGUACAAACAGAUGUAAAAGAUAACAUACACAAUAGUCUUCACUAUAUGAAUUAAAUAGAAAUGUGUUAUUAUUAAAGCGACAAAAGUUAUUCAGUUGAUAGCAGUAAGAUAUUUUCUCUUUUGUUUGAUUAACAUUAAGAAUACAAAGAUUAGCAGGUUUAUUAGGCUGCUGUCUCUUUAAGACGAAACGCAUGGAUCCAUUAAACUGACACAUCCAACUUUGAGACAUUACUGGCUGUGUUUACAUGAAUACUCCACAGUUGUGUGUGUAUUCGACCAUUCGAGUGCAAUAAGACGUGAAAGAGAACUGAAUACAUGAUCAUAUGCUGAGAGACGCAUUGAGACCUUUUCAGAUUAUUGCGCUUUAUAUCAUGUUUUAACAUCAAGCACGUCCCGAAUUUGCGAUCGCCUUGAGAGAGGCAAGUGCGCACACUUAAACAGUAACAGUUAUUUUUCACAAAUUAUUGCUCCUAUAAACCCUUUUUGAUAUCAAGCAUGCCAUGCGUUUCAUAACUAAAGUGUCGCUAUAUAUUUACAUACAGUGAGUUACACAAUAUAGCAAAAUCUCUAAUGAUUACUAUCGCCACGAUAAAUUUUACCGCCCAAACCUAAUUGCAACCUGAAAGAAAAUAAACUUAUUUUUAGACUUUUCAUGAUAUUAUUUGCAUUACAAUUAAUCACAUUUCCCCCUUCUAAAAAUAGGCUUCAUUUGCAUACAUUUCUGCAUCUUCUUGACAGAUUUCAUGAGAUUCACCCUAAUAGAAGUUGAGAUGAAUACGCUGACUGUAUUUGAUGAAAGUUCUGCAGUGAUUGCGCAAACUUUCUUUAUAAAAGCCUUAAAGUCACACAUCCUGUGGCGUUUGACAAGGUUUUAAUAGAUUAGAGAUGCAUCCGGUUGCAAGUGCAUGAACUGUAUUUGUGGCGAUGUUAACCAAACCCAAGACACUAGAGCACCAGUGGUUUGGUGUAUGCUAACGUAAUUCUUUAGGCCAUUUAGUUAUAUCAUACGGACACGGCUUGAUUGUGAAGUUUUUCAUGAAUUGUGAGCGUGUGUGUGUGAGUAAAGGUUCUAUGCAGUAGUGUCGGUAAUGAUCAAAAAUGGCAUUCAAUUUUUAAAAAAAAUGUAAUGUUGAGUAAAGUGGGUGUUUAAAAUCACAAUAUUACAGUAUUGCUUAAAAUAUAACAUUGGUAUAAGUGAAAUUUUACCUCAAUUUGAACUUUCAAGAAAAGAACUGGCAUUGUGCAUUUGUUGAGCUAUUGCACUCAACAAUAUGCAUUUCCUUUUACUAAAAGGAUAAUUAUUAAUAAUUAGCCAACAUCUACGUACCAGCUACCUCGUUUUUGGAGGUUUCGAUGAUUUUGAGGAAUGAGAUUCGAUCUGAAUAUAUUUUUUAUCUGCAGUUUUUUUUGUACAGCCACAUUGCAUUUUCAAUAUGGGAUUUUGGAAUUUUUUCCAAGGUCGUUCUAUUAGAAUGAUAGAAGAAUCUCAUUAGUUUGUUCAUGAAUUCCAUAUUUUCUUAUACUGUGGAGAUGCUUUAUAUUUCCCAAAGGGCCUCAGUCUGUUUUGUGUGAAGAACACUGUGGAGCAUCGCAUAGUUUGAGGUCAUCAAUCAUUAGACUGACCUGCACUCAUUUCCUGUUCCACAUGCGCAUCAUUUCCUCCACUUCCAGCAUUCCAUUCAAAUACUGCAGUAUUCUACUUGGAACCCCUCUGGUGACCUGCGAAUCAGACAGAAACAGUGAACAGAAUGUGAAUUUUUGCUUCUCCGCCCUUGACCCUUUCCAUGUGUUUUGCAUCAUUUCGGCCAUAUUUAUCAUGCAGUGAAAACGAUGUGAAACUUUCUUUGUAGAGCUUGAAAUUGCGCUGGCAUGUGUUUUUAUUAAAAAAGGGUAAUUGCUGCUUUUUAAGUCACAAUUCUGACUUUUUUCCUCUAAAUUCUGCAUUUGUGGUGUUUUUUAUUCACUGUUUCGAGUUUCACAACUCUUAGAAAAAAGUCAGAAUUGUAAGUUAUACAGUCACAAUUGCGAGAUAUAAACUUGCAAUUCUGAGGAAAAGUCAGAAUUACAUUUUUUUAUUCUGUGGCGGGAAUGAGCUUCCACGAGUUCCCGCGCUUUUGAGUUGUGUUUGUAGCCUCGUGCAAGCACACACAGCUUGUUUUAAAAUGUAAUAUAACGACGAUCAUAUUCAUUAUUUUAGGAUUGUAAAGUAUUGUAUUGAAUAGUACAGAUCAACUUUUACCUGUUGCCAGACCCGCAAUAUUCUUCUUUUUUAAACAAACGUGCAGCUCCAAAUAAAGCCAGUCGAUUUUGGGCUCGUCAGGAAGCGCGUCACGUGUUCACUCGCGUGUUUUGCUUUCCCUUUUUGAACAUGUCAAGUAUUUGUGUAUCUUAACGGGAUACACACGGUGCCUGAAGUAACAUGUUCGUUUGUAGUAGGCCUAUCUUGAGUCUUACUGUAAAUACAGAGUAAACUGAGCAGCUGAUGAAAGAUGAAAUGUACAGGGACCCUUAUGUAUUUAUUGUCAUGUAUUGUGGGAAUAUUCAAAUAGGUGCAAAAGAAUAAAGAACACUAAGAGUCA